GCGCUGUCCCUCAGGAUGGACCGGAUGACGGAGGACGCGCUGCGCCUGCUCAAGCGGAGCCUGGAGCCGCCGGAGGAGCGCGAGGACGUCCUGGCCAAGCGGCUCAAGAUGGAGGGGCACGAGGCCAUGGAGAGGCUGAAGAUGCUGGCGCUGCUCAAGCGCAAGGACCUGGCGGGGCUGGAGGUGCCCCACGAGCUCCCGGUGAAGCCGGACGGGAUCAAGGGAUACGAGGAGAAGCUCAACGGGAGCCUGCGGCCCCACGGGGACGGGCGGAGCGCGGCUCGGCCGGGCAAGGAGAACAUCAACGACGAGCCCGUGGAUAUGAGCGCCAGGAGGAGUGAGCAGGACCGGGGCCGCCUGACCCCGUCCCCGGACAUCAUCGUCCUGUCGGACAACGAGGCCUCCAGCCCCCGCUCCAGCUCCCGCAUGGAGGAGCGGCUCAAGGCGGCCAACCUGGAGAUGUUCAAGGGGAAGAGCCUGGAGGAGCGGCAGCAGCUGAUCAAGCAGCUCCGGGACGAGCUGCGGCUGGAGGAGGCCCGGCUGGUGCUCCUCAAGAAGCUGCGGCAGAGCCAGCUGCAGAAGGAGAACGUGGUGCAGAAGACCCCCGUGGUCCAGAACGCCGCGUCCAUCGUGCAGCCGUCCCCCGGCCACGUGGGGCAGCAGGGCCUGUCCAAGAUCCCCUCCCGGCCCGGAGCCCAGGGCGUGGAGCCGCAGAAUUUAAGGACAUUGCAGGGCCACAGCGUGAUCCGCUCGGCCGCCAGCUCGGCGCUGCCCCAAUCCGGCUCCUCGGUGCCGUGCCAGCGCUCGUCGUCCUCCGCCAUCUACAUGAACCUCGCGUCCCACAUGCAGCCGGGCUCGGUGGCCCGCGUGUCGUCCCCUCUCCCCAGCCCCAGCGCGCUCUCCGACGCCGCCAAUUCCCAGGCGGCCGCCAAGCUGGCGCUGCGGAAGCAGCUGGAGAAGACGCUGCUGGAGAUUCCGCCCCCGAAGCCGCCGGCGCCGCUCCUGCACUUCCUGCCCAGCGCGGCCAACAGCGAGUUCAUCUACAUGGUGGGGCUGGAGGAGGUGGUGCAGAGCGUCAUCGACAGCCAAGGGAAGAGCGCGCCGGCGGUGCCGCGCGUGGAGCCGUUCGUGUGCGCGCAGUGCCGCACGGAUUUCACGCCGCACUGGAAGCAGGAGAAGGGCGGGCGGAUCCUGUGCGAGCAGUGCCAGACCUCCAACCAGAAGAAGGCGCUCAAGGCCGAGCACACGAAUCGCCUCAAGAACGCCUUCGUCAAGGCCCUGCAGCAGGAGCAGGUCGGCAUUCCCGGGAAUCCCAAACUGCCGGGGCUCGUCCCAUCCCAAAGCGUCCCAGAACGCUCAUCCCAUCCCAUUGUCCCCAUCCGGUGA